AUGAAGAGACUGUCCAAGGUCGCUAACAAAUCUCGAAAGCCAUUCCCGAUGACUAUCACCUGGGAUGAAUUACCGGGUUGGAUGAAAGACAAUGAGUAUAUACGCACGGAGCUCAGGUCGCUUUCGGCAUGCUUGUUCUCAGUCUUGGGGUAUUUUCACAAUGAGACGGUUAACAUCCAUUCUCAUCUCUGGGGCGCCGCACUUUUCGUCUUCCUCGGCAUUGGGACUUACCCAUAUUUUCUCGCGACACAUGCAAGUGUCACUUGGAAAGACGUUGCAUCAAUUCUCAUUUUCCUCUGUGCCGCGGUAUUCUGCUUAUUAUCGAGCGCAGUAUUUCACUGUGUUAGCUGCCAUUCGCGGCAGGUUGCCAAACGAUGCAAUGCUCUUGAUUACACAGGCAUCAUUUCUCUCAUUGUGGGAUCUUUCUUUCCCAGCCUCCACUUUGGUUUCUUCUGUGAACCAAAGUUGCAUAGGCUAUACUUGGCGGGCAUUUGCAGCGCGGGCUUUCUCGCAGCUUUCAUCGUACUCAAUCCGUCAUAUUCUACCCCUAAAUACCGAUGGGCCCGAACAGUGGUAUUCCUUACACUGGGAUCAGGAGGGAUUGUCCCGGUCGCCCAUGGACUCUUCACAGCGGGGUUCAGACGACUUGCCGAGGAGAUGGGCCUUGUCUGGGUCCUUGUAAGCGCAUUUUUUUACAUCUCUGGUGCUAUCAUGUAUGCAUCUCGGUUUCCCGAGCGAUUAUCUCCCGGGACGUUUGACUUGUUCGGUGCCUCCCAUCAGAUCUUCCACGUGCACAUCCUCCUGGCUGUUCUUGCUCACUAUGUGAGCAUCUUAACCGCCGUGAAACAUCGACAUGGACUACACGAAGGUGUAUGUUUCGAUAGAUAGAUCUAGAAUCCCUCAGCCUCGGCGUAACGAGCAUAGACUUGACAAGAUAUGUCAUGAUGAUAAAUGAUGCAACAGAUACAUGCAGUACAAAAUUAUUAGUAGAGUCAAAUAGCUGUCUAAAGCAGAGAAGUACAAUACGGCUCUUUUCAUACAGGAUUCGAUGGCGGUUUGCGGUGAUACAAUCUAAGCAAGUUUGACUUUCCGUUUCGAUCUGCUGUUGGCGACCUGCUUGGUUGCCCCGUUCGCGCUUUCUCCGUGAUACCCGGUUCCAUUUCUCCUGGGUUCUGUGGUCUUGGAGAAACGCUUCCGGAGAGCUUUAAUCAUUUUGAAGAACCUAGAGACGGAAUCCCAAAUUGUAGUCAUUAGAU